CUUUCAGUUGUGCGACUCGCGUACAACGGGACACUCAGCACGGCUAAUGUGAAAAUCCAGGCGUAUGUUUUUCCACAAGCCUGCGGAGGAAAUUCGCGCGCGACUUUUCCGAAUCAAUACAGAAACUUGAGUGCCGGGCAGCAAAAUAAAAAAAAAAAAACGCAGUAAAAGAAAGGAAACAUUACUAGAAAGGGGCCGCACAAUUGAAUUUUAUUUUUGGUAACCCAUUGACAUUGUUUGCCAAAAAGGCAAGUGACUCUCAAACUGGGCAAAGGCUCAACGGAAAAUGAGACCACUGUAAAUGUCCUUUGAAAACUAUUAACUCCCUAAAUAUUCUGUUGUUCAAGUGAAGAUAGUUAAACACAUAAAUCAACCAGCUUGAGCGAUAACAGUCCAUCGGUGCCCUUGGCGGAGUUCACCAUCCCACCUGAUCCCACGGAGACCGAACCCUUUGUGCCCCUGGUGGAGGCCAAAAAAAUGAGCGAAUCCCCAGUGGUGGCGCCGGCCACGCCCACCGGCAAUGGCACGCCGCCCACUCAGACGGCAAAUGGAAACUCAACGGUGGCCACAAAGUCCGUUUCCGACGAUGACAGCAUUUUCUCCGUGUUCUACACGCUGGGCAAGAAGGUGGCCAUUGUGGGCUCCAUUUAUCUGGUGGGUUACAUGGGCUGGUCGGUGGCCUGGCUAAUAGCACCGGUCAUCCUCUCGGUGGCACGCGACCAGUUGGCCAAGACGUCGGAGAAGAAGCGCGACAUUGCCAAGGCCUCGGCUUUGGCCUCCGAGAAGGACGUAAUCCUGGCCAGAAUCGACGAGCUGCCCGCGUGGGUCUACUUUCCCGAUGUGGAGCGCUGCGAGUGGCUGAACAAGAUCCUGAAGCAAGUGUGGCCCAAUGCCAAUCACUUCGCACGCACCCUGGUGAAGGAAACCAUCGAGCCCAACGUGGCUCUGGCUCUGGCCAACUACAAGAUGAAUGGAUUCCGAUUCGAUCGCAUCAUACUGGGCACCAUUCCACCGCGAAUCGGAGGUGUGAAAAUCUACGACAAGAACGUGGAUCGCAACGAGAUCAUCAUGGAUCUGGAUCUGUUUUAUGCCAGCGAUUGCGACAUCAACUUCUAUUUGGGUGGUAUGAAGGGUGGCAUCAAGGACUUUCAGAUCCAUGGUUGGGUGCGUGUGGUGAUGAAGCCCCUGAUUCGAUCGAUGCCCCUGGUGGGCGGACUGCAGAUCUUCUUCCUGAACAAUCCGAAUAUCGAUUUCAAUUUGGUGGGAGUGAUCGAUUUCAUGGACAUGCCCGGUCUGAGUGACUUGCUGCGAAGGAUCAUCGUGGAGCAGAUUGGCAAUGUGAUGGUGUUGCCAAACAAACUGCCCAUUUCACUGAGCGAAGAGGUUUCGGCGGUGGCCCUGAAGAUGCCCGAACCAGAGGGCAUCCUGCGCAUCCACGUGGUCGAGGCCAAGGAUCUCAUGAAGAAGGACAUCAGUGUGCUGGGCAAAGGCAAGUCCGAUCCCUAUGCCAUCAUCAAUGUGGGCGCCCAGGAGUUCAAGACCCAGAUCAUAGACAACAAUGUGAAUCCCAAGUGGGACUACUGGUGUGAGGCUACUGUUUUUAUUCAAAUGGGUCAAUUUGUCGAGAUUCAAUUGAGGGACUCGGAUGAUUCCAAGAAAGACGAGAACCUGGGCAGAGCCAGCAUCGACAUUGCCAGCGUGAUCAAGAAAGGCGUUGUGGAUAGUUGGCUCACCCUGGAAGACGCCAAGCAUGGACUUCUUCAUGUCCGCCUGCAAUGGUACAAACUCACCGCCGAUCCCAAUGAUCUGCAGCAGAUCUUGCUGGAAACCCAGCUCCUACGCGUGACCAGCAUGAGUUCGGCGGUACUCAGUGUAUUCAUCGAUUCAGCCAGGCAUUUGAAGCAAGCUCGAUCCAGCUCCAAGCCCGAUCCCUAUCUGGUGUGCAGCGUCAACAAGCAGAAACAGCAGACUGCGAUGAUAAUGCGGGAUGACUCCCCCGUUUGGGAGCAGGGCUUCACCUUCCUGGUCAGCAAUCCCGAUAACGAGAGUCUGAACAUCAAGAUCUACGACCAGAAGACCGGAAACGAUAUCGGCCAGUAUACCUACACGCUCAGCACGCUGCUCAAGCAAUUUAAUAUGGAGGUCAUACAGCAGCCCUUCCAACUCCAGAAGUCUGGCCCGGAAUCGAAGCUCUACAUGUCGCUUUCUCUGCGCAUUUUGAAGCCCGGCGAGAUUGACAAGGAAUCGGAUGCCCUGGAGCAAGUGGCGGCCCUCACACGCAGCAGCUCCGUGAAGACCCCAGAUGUGGCUGCAGUUUCUCCACCAGCACUUAAGGAAUCUCAGGCAUCCAUCAAGCGUUUGUCCGCCGAGUCGCCCAUCAGCGAAGAAGAUCCUGUGGCGGCUACGAAGGUCUCCCCGGCCAUGUCCGCCUCCACCUCCAGCGAAAAGCCCAUCAGCGAGCUGGCCACCUCCGUGCUGACCCACCGCUUUCCGGACUCCACCUCCUCACCCGGCGAACACGGCCUGGGACGGAUGCAGUUGUCGAUCCGCUACAGCGCCCAGCGUCAGAAACUAGACGUGACCAUUCACAAGAUCCAGAAGAUACCACUUCGCGAUCCCAGCAACAUCCCCGAUCCGUAUGUAAAGCUGUACCUGCUGCCUGGACGCACCAAGGAGUCGAAACGCAAGACGAGCGUGAUCAAGGACAACUGCAAUCCGGUUUACGAUGCAUCCUUUGAGUACCUGAUUUCCAUUGCCGAACUCAGGCAGACGGAACUGGAGGUGACGGUGUGCACACAAAAGGGAUUCCUGUCCGGCGGCAGUCCCAUCAUUGGCAUGCUGAAAAUACCUCUGGAUGACGCCGAGAUUACCACACAAACCGGCUUGAAUUCUUGGUUCGACUUGCAGCCUGAAAUACGGCACGAGUAGGAGACGCGGAGUCAAAUGCCGAAUGCAGAGUCUCAUUACAGCACAAUCAACUCAAGAAAAACUCGACACUUUUUUACGAAUUGCACUUAAAUCCUUUUUUAUUCGUUAUGUAUACUUUUUUGGUCCCUAACCAAAACGAAACCAAACUCUCUUAGUCGUGCCUCUAUAUUUAAAACUAUCAAUUUAUUAUAGUCAAUAAAUCGAACUGUGUUUUCAACAUACAAAAAAUAAG